CCUCUAUCAGCCGUAAAGACAACGUUCUAAUCUAAAUAAUUUGUCGUAAUGUAUAAAAGCGCAACAGGUAGUCGCGCCCGAUCACUUACAUAAGUACCAUAUUUGUAAUAGUAUCGAUAAAACAAUGUUCAAGUUUUUGGUAUGGCACGUGCUGCUACUUGGCGUUUCUUGCGAACUCUUCAACCACGAACUCGGGUACCGUGUCGAAUAUGCACCGACGUACGACAAUUACAAACCGCGAGACUAUCACUUUAGUUAUGCCGUUUCUGACCCUCACACGGGAGAUCACAAGUCGCAAUGGGAGGUGAAGGAGAAUGGGGUAGUACGUGGGGCAUAUAGUCUACUAGAACCAGAUGGUACCACCAGAAUUGUUGAGUAUAUUGCAGACCAUGAUGGGUUUAGAGCCGUAGUCAAGAAAAUAGGUACCGCGAUUCAUCCCGAACCAGUUAUUACAGUACCGGAACAAAUAGUACCGGAAGUAGCACAUUUUAGGAGUUACGAUGGGCAAAUUUAUAACUACGCAAACUCGGCACCUCUAGUUUUACACAGUGGUCAUCAAACCGUUCAGGAAGUACCAGAAAUUGUACCCGAAUUAAGACCAGUUGAGGCAGUACCACACCCAACUAUUGAAGAGCAUAGACCGGUACUUACUCACAUACAUUUGCCUCAACCUCAAAUUGAGGUGGAACCAGCACGAAGUUUCGUUCAGGUGCACCAUCCUACUGAAAUUCCUAAACAUGAAGUACCUGAACCCGAAAUCAGACCCAUUGAGGCAGUACCACUAUUCCAACAUGAGAUCAGAGUUCCGGAACUAUCCCAACAUGAUAUUAGACCUAAUGAAGUACCAAUUGCCCAACAGUAUGGAAAAGUCGAAGCAAUACCGUUACACCAACACGAAAUCAGGGUACCGGAAGUACCACAUCACGAAAUUAGACCUAUUCUUCAAGAACCAAUUAGUCAACACUAUGGAAAAUACGAAGCAGUGUCAUUACCCCAACAUGAAAUCAGGGUACCACAUUAUGAAAUCAAACCACUUCUUCAAGUACCAAUUCCCCAUCAGUAUGGAUGUGGGCAAGCGGUACCUUUGCCUCAACAUGGAAUACGAACGAUUGAGCAAUACGCUCAGGCACCACAUUAUGGGAGAGUUGAAGCGGUACCAUUACCUUACCAUGAAAUAAGGGUACCGGAAGUACCCUUAGCACACCAGGAAGUUGAACUCGGUCACAGACGGGUCGAAGAGAUUCCACAACAUGGAAAUGAAAUUGGUCAAGGUCAAGUACCAUUGGAACCAGUGGGUCCUAGUUACAAAACUACAAUUGUUUAUGGUUUGACUGGAAAUCCAGAAGACGAUUCUCGCUACUCUCAACCAGAAGAAAAGUAUCACGCGUCGUAUUCUGAAAAAGUACCCAAACUAGUACCAGCACCAUCCAAGACCCAUUCUGACCACAAACGCGAAAGCCCCACCAAAGAAGAAUUUUUAAUCAUUUUUCCAGAUCGCUCCAAUUAAAAAAUUAUAAAAUUCCCUUAUUUUUUUGUAAAUAAAAUAAUUUUAACUAAUUUUUGUCUAAAUUAAAGGUUUUGUGUCUGUA